AUCUUGAAUUUUGCUGAAUUUGAGCCGGUUUACUUGUGAUAAAGGAAUAGUUUGUGGCUCAAAAACCACUAUUUAGCGAAUUUUCAUGAAGUUUUAUGUGUUACAAUAAUUCAUCUUAAAAAAUAGGAAUAAAUGCAGUAAUGUGUUAGUAUCGUUACUCAAGACUUAUGCGAUUUCCGGAAAGAUUAGUGCCAGUAAGCCCCUAGGUUCGACGGUUUGGAAGUAUACAAUGGCAGUACCUAGUAGAGCUCGGGUAUAUGCCGAUGUGAACUCACAAAAGCCACGAGAGUACUGGGAUUAUGAAAGUUAUGUAGUGGAUUGGGGCAAUCAAGAAGACUACCAGCUGGUUCGAAAGCUCGGGCGUGGAAAAUACAGUGAAGUAUUUGAGGCAAUAAAUAUCACAAAUAAUGAGAAGUGUGUAGUAAAAAUAUUGAAGCCUGUCAAAAAGAAGAAGAUUAAAAGAGAAAUAAAAAUAUUAGAAAACUUAAGAGGAGGCACAAAUAUAAUUACACUACAAGCUGUAGUCAAAGAUCCUGUAUCUCGUACUCCAGCCCUAAUUUUUGAACAUGUGAACAACACCGAUUUUAAGCAAUUGUAUCAAACCCUUUCAGAUUAUGACAUAAGGUAUUAUUUGUAUGAACUUCUGAAGGCAUUAGAUUAUUGCCACAGUAUGGGCAUCAUGCACAGAGAUGUGAAGCCUCAUAAUGUGAUGAUCGAUCAUGAUAACAGAAAGUUACGUCUCAUUGACUGGGGGUUAGCUGAGUUCUAUCACCCAGGGCAAGAGUACAAUGUUCGAGUUGCCUCUAGAUACUUCAAGGGUCCUGAACUCUUGGUGGAUUAUCAAAUGUAUGACUACUCUUUAGAUAUGUGGUCUCUGGGAUGCAUGCUUGCAUCAAUGAUUUUCCGCAAGGAGCCAUUUUUCCAUGGUCACGACAAUUAUGAUCAGCUUGUGCGUAUUGCAAAGGUGCUGGGCACUGAAGAGCUGUUUGAAUAUUUGGAUAAAUAUCAUAUAGAACUGGAUCCCCGGUUUAAUGAUAUUCUUGGAAGGCAUUCCCGGAAGAGGUGGGAAAGAUUUGUGCACUCUGAAAAUCAACAUUUGGUGUCUCCCGAGGCACUGGACUUUCUUGAUCGCCUGCUGCGUUAUGAUCACUAUGAGCGUUACACUGCUCGGGAGGCAAUGGAUCAUCCAUACUUCUAUCCUAUUGUGAAGGAGCAAGGGCGAAUGGUGUCCUCCACCUCUCCAACUCCGAAUGUAUUGCAAGGACCAAUAAAUGCUGCAGAAUAAUUGUUACAAAGAUUCAGUAAUGCUCUUUAUAAUGGUAAUAUGUAUUGAAUAUGUACUUGUACAAGAUUCCAGAAGAGACACUGUAAACAAACCAAAAGGAGGCCACUGGUGGUGUAAAUAUCCUAGGCAGAAGACAGUGAACCAACAUCUUUAAAUGUAAUUCCAAUGUUUGAUAAAUACAGUUAUAAUUUGGAAAGACAAUAUAAUUUAGUGUUUAAUAUUAGUAAAUCUGGUUUAUUCAUUGCGUUAAAGUGUUUUAUCUCUGGUAUAAAUUGUGAAGCAGGUCCCUGAAGUGAACAUGUUUUAAAGGUGAUAAUUGAUGGAUACGAAAUUGUAAAGUAAAGCCUGUUUUUUUUUUACUUUUUACAUGAACUUCCGUAUUAAUUUAUUGAGAUAAAGUAAACCAUUCAAGUUUCAUUGCACUUGAUCUUUUGCAUUUAUUAACCUAUGUAUUGUAAUUACUUGUAUAAUAUAUUGGUAACACCUGCAUACCAUUUGCAUGUACUGGUUAGCAGCUUUUCGUUGGUAUACUAUUUAAAAUUUUGUAUUUAUGUAAUAGAAGUAAACUGUAGAUAUGUGUGAUAUAAAUACAAAAUUUUAAUAUUAUUAAUUAAUCGUUUUCUUUAAUUGUAUUACAUGUUUUAUAAAGGAGACCAGUAACAGUAAUUAAUUAGCUAAUGUCAGGUAAAAUAUUGUUUUUAUUAUAGUAAGUUAUGUUAGCUGCCCUUUUACAUAUUACAUUUACAUGUUCAUAAACAACAGAAAUUAAGUCAUUAUUUUCAAUUUAAAGAUGAGUCUCACUAAUUGAUUUAAAUAAUAUUUUUUUGUUACAAUAAUAAAGUUGUUGCAUCAAAAUUUUCUUAAUAAACAAUACUAACUUUUGCCUGGAAAUUUCGAUUAUUUUACGUUUGCUGCAACAUAAUAUCCCUCUCACAUAAACAAGUCAAGUGUGAAACGCCGUCGUAGGUGUCUACACUGUGUAACUUGCGGUGUUUCCCCUCUGGUGUUAGUAAAUUUUAGAUGAUAAGAAAUACACAAGAGUUAGAUAUUAAUGUGCUAAUUCAGUCAUUUCUCAACACAAUUAGCUAAUCUAAUAGCCAUUCAGUGGUCAUUUAAUGAUUAGAUGUGCUUACUGUGCUGUAUACUACUUGUACUUUGAUACGGCAACAUUUGUACAUGGUACAUUUAAGAUAGUCGGCCGCGGGUUUAUUAUCGAGGUACGCAUUACUGUUUCUCGUAACGAC